AUGGCUCCAGUGAUUGUAACCCCCGAUCUCGCAGGGGGUUAUAGCGAUCCUGUUGACAUUCUACUUGACAGCGAUGCCACCGGCACCCCUACUGCUAUUGAAGAUGUCACAAAAACUCUUGCAGCACGGUCCACCUCGUCAACAACAACAACUGGAGUAUCAUCAUCCAAAGGAGAGGGUACUAUUAGCCCUACCAGUAUCAAUAUGCAAGGAAUGUUAGCCCUGUUUGCGAUUCUCGGCGCAGCCUUUGUUGUCGCUAGCAUUUGGUUCUUCUUUUGGGCGAAGAAUGGCGGCUUUAUUUGGCGAAAAGGCGACUGGGAUGACUACAAGUCUACAGUUUUACGUCGGAAGGGCCCCGAUGGUCGAACUUUGAGUAAUGCUACAAAGAGUACCAGGCUUGGUGGUGGAACCGUACGCGGUUAUAGCGACGAUGGUGGCACUGUGACGGAUAUGACCGAGACAGCAACUACUAUCACAAACGAAAAAGCACCCCCUCGGAAAAAGAAAUUCAGGGAGACUGCGAAAGAGAAACUGCUACGGAAACGCAAGGACGAGAAGUGGGAAGGCGAGGCGGAUGAUGAUAUGCGAGCUUACCGCAGAGAGAAGGCAGCGCGAGUUGGUGGUAUCAAUGCGGAUUCCGACGGCACCUACUACGGUACUGAAUACACGCCGAGUUCGCCCCCAACAGCGUCAGCAUACACUGAAAGCGAAGCGUAUGAUCCUCACGACCGCCAUCCUCGACGCUCGCAGGAUCACACCCGCCGAGACACACGCAAUGUUUCUGGGUUCUCAUUCACAGCUGGAAAUGAAGAUGUCAUUAGUCAAUCAACGGCAGAAGAGUCUCUCAUGGGAGAUGCUAGGAAAAGUCGUCGUGAAUCCCGACGCCCCCAGCAGCAAAGCAAAGACCGUCAAUCUCGACACAACAGCCCACGCAAACGGGAGGCGCCUCGUUCUUCCAUGCCUGGCGGCUACACUGAGCCAUUGGAUCUUUCAUCUCAUGCAACUAAUUCAGCAUACCAAUAUUCUACUGUCGAAAGUGAGGAUGAUCUUGGCACAAGGUCCUAUCACCACCCUAUUCCGGGUUUGACCAAGGGCUAUCGUCGGGAUCGUGAUGGUGGCGGACGACGACGGAGGGAUAGUUUAAGCGACAGCGAGUAA